ACACUUAAUUCUAUCGAUUUAGUGUUAUCAGUAACUGUACAUAUCCGGUAUUAUUUGUUGAUAAAAACGUGAACUAUACGUAUACACAACUUAUAAAGACUGCUUGAUUAUGCGUUGUUUUAGUCAAAAUUAUCAAAGAGUUUUAUGUACCUUCACCAUCUUUUGUCCAGCAGCAAUCACCUUUAUGGCAUUUAACUAUUUUUAUAAGUCUAACAGCUAUGCACUUACAUAUAACAGCAAGAUGUUAUCCGGAAAUGUGAGUAAUCGAUAUUUAUGUCCUUACUUCAGAGGUGGCCUAGGAAACCACAUGUUUAUGUAUUCGUCGCUAUAUGGAAUUGCAAAGAUAAAAAAUAUGACAUUAGUGAUAGACGAACAAGACACUAUUAAUAGUGUAUUUAAGUUAAACGUACUCAAAUUAAAAAAUGUGAAGUAUAUAUGUGAACAAGCUGUUCUAGUAAAUGAAAAAAGACCAUGUGCAUAUGAUCUUGAAACGUUCAACUUUGACCCAUCAACGCCAGUAAAAUUAAAAGGAUAUUUACAAUCGUGGAAAUAUUUCAAACAUGUUGAAAAAGAAUUAAGGAAACAAUUUGUAUUUAAGGAGGAGGUAAAACAAAAAGCUAAGGACGUUAUUGAAAAAUAUACUAAAGAGUUUACCAGAAAUAAAACUAAUUCCGAAAAUUUGAAAAUAAUAGGCGUUCAUAUUCGCCGUGGAGACUAUCUCACAACCCAUAGUAUUAAAUAUGGAUAUAAUGUGGCUUCCAAAGUAUAUCUUCAAAAGGCAUUUGAUCAUUUUAGAUUGAAAUAUAAAAAUUGCCUUUUUCUUGUUUUUACUGGAACAAACAAAGAAGACAUUAAAUGGAGGGACGAAAAUGUUCAUGGCAAGGAUGUGUUGAAGGUAGCAGCCAAUGAUCGUAAUGUUGACAUGUGCGCUUUGACUAAAUGUGAUCAUACAAUAAUAACUGUAGGUUCGUUUGGAUGGUGGGCAGCAUGGUUAUCCACUGGUACAACCAUUUAUUUUAAGGAUAUUGCACAGAAAAACAGUUCGCUUCGAAAAGACUUCAGUGCAGACAUGACAGAUUUCUUUCCCGAUGACUGGAUUGGUUUAUAGUUUAUUUCGAACGGAAUAUUGUCUCUAUACCUUUCAAGACCGUUCAAAAAGGCAUAAAAGUUAGUUCAUUGGUGAAGCAAUACAUACGUCAGAAACUUCUAUUCUUAACCCCCAAUGUAAUGAUGGAUGUAUUGAAAAUUUCAAAAAAAAAAUAUACGUUUAGAUAUUUUGUCUUGUAGGGGGACAGUAGUAACACUGGCGAAUAACGGACACAUAUAUAUGUGACACACUGGUAGAUCGAACUCGAACCUCUACCACGUGAUUUACAAUUUUGUACUUUAUUAUCACAGACGAUAAUAAAAACAUAUUGAGUGAAAGUAUAUACAGACAAACAGCUUUCAAUUUUACUCACCAAAUUAGUCAUCCAUGAACUUAUAGAUGUUGCAUCACCAACUUGUGAUACCGAUUUAUGGGCGCACGACACAAGCCUCUUCCAAACAUAACAUGUUGUGGAUGCUAAGUACAUAAAACGUUUCUCUUCUCAAAAACUGCAGUCAACGGACACCUAAUAAACUGAAUUCUAGUAUUAAAAUCAAAUGAACAAAUGUCGAUUGGCAAUCAUAUCACAUCUCUUUAUCUUUACAUAUGUGAAAUGUUUACAGUAUGAAUAAAGAAGCGCAUAUAAAA